AGUAUGGACGACGAGAGGAUGGAAAGUGAAAACAACGGAGAUCCCAGAGAUUCGGCAGAAAAGCAGCAAGACAUUCCCGAUCACCCUUGGCCUUAUCUGAAAGAGAUGUUUGACAUAGUAGGCAUCAAGAAUGACUCCUGGCGAAUGUGCUGCAAAUUGUGCCAACCAAAACACCAUGAACUGCUGGCUUUCAAGAAUUCACCAUCGAAUUUGAAAAAGCAUAUAGAGAGAAUGCAUGUCAAUCAUAUGGAGAGAUACAGAAAGCUCACUUCAGCUGUUCAGAAAAGAAAGUCAACCAUGAAUGCAGGCCCAUCACCCAAACAACCAAAGUUAUGGGAAGCCAAGAGAGUGUCACAGGUCAGUGUGGAAAAGGGAAUCAUUGACUUCGUCAUUCAAGGGCUACACCCACUAAGUGUAGUUGAGCAGCAGGGAUUCAGAGACCUUCUGCUUCUCCUCCAGCCCAAUCUAACAAUUAUGUCUCGUGGCACUCUUAAAAACAAAGUGGAGAAAGCAACACAAGAAAUGAAAAAUAAUCUGAAAUUGGCUUUGAAGAAAGUUGAGGUUAUUGCAACCACCACAGAUUGCUGGACCACACACCGACGGGGUUUUAUAGGUGUCACUGCGCAUUGGAUAGAUAGUGCAACUCUGCAGAGGCGCUGUGCUGCCCUAGCCUGCAAGCAGCUAAAAGGGUCGCAUACUUUUUCCGUCCUUGCUAGUGCUCUCAACGAUAUACAUGUGGAGUACAACAUCCGAGACAAGAUCGUUUGCACAACAACUGACAAUGGUUCAAAUUUCAUAAAGGCCUUUAGAGUCUAUGGUGAGCUGGAUGAAAAUAACAAUCCAGAUACUGCACUUCAAGGUGCAAGGGAAAGUAUGGGAGGAGAGAGUGAUGAAGAAGAGGGGGGAGAUAUCACAGGUGUCAAGUUUGUUGAAGCCGGGACAAUAUUGGAUGAAGAUAAUGGCUUGGAAUACCAGCUGCCAAAGCACCAACGUUGUGCAUGCCACCUUCUCAACCUGAUCUCCACUGCUGAUGCCUUGAAAGCAAAUGAAAAUCCAGUGUACAAGCGUCUGUCUCGUUCAGCAUUCUCCAAAUGUUCAAGUCUGUGGAGCAAAAGCUCAAGAUCCACCACAGCUGCUGAAAUCAUAGAAGAUAACUGCAAACUUCAGCUCCUGAGGCCAAAUGAGACACGGUGGAACUCCCUUUUCUUUGCCGUGGAGAGGAUUGUGAGAAUCAUAAAGGAACAAGGAGAAGGAGCAAUCACAGCUGUCUGCAGCGCGCUAAAGAUACCUAUGCUCACUCCUGUUGAGCUUGCUUUUUUGGCAGAGUAUACCAAGACUAUGAGCCCAAUUGCAAAGGCGCUUGAUGUUCUCCAGGGAGAGGCCAAUGUACAGAUGGGAUGGUUGGUACCUACAAUAACACUACUCCAGGAGAAGCUCCAGCACCUCUGCAUUUCCUCCAAGUCCUGUCGGCCUUUGAUUGAAGCACUUCUAGCAGGCCUUAAAAAACGUUUUGGACAGAUGCUUACAGAUCCAGAGCUAAUUGCCGCUGCCAUUCUUGUCCCCAAAUUCAAGACCUGCUGGACAAGUGAUGAAUGUAUCCUAAAACUGGGCCUUGACUACAUCAAAAGUCACCUGAAGGAACAAGUUGUGGUGAAUGAAGGUGAUACGUCCCAUUCCUCGGAGGAGGAGGACUUUUUUUCAGCACUCAAGCACUCUAGUUCCCAAGAAAAUACCAAACAGCUGGAAAUGUACCUGGGGUGCCCAGGUGAUACAAUGGAUGUACUGAAGUCUUUCCCAGCAGUAUGCCACCUGUCAUUGAGGCUUAACACGGCACUACCUGCCUCUGCUGCCUGCGAGAGACUGUUCAGCACUGCAGGCCUGAUUUUUACACCAAAAAGGGCCCGUGUUGAUGCCAUGAACUUUGAAAACCAGCUUCUUUUGAAGCUAAACAGAGAUUUCUGGUAGUUUGGGAUUCUUUCUCUGUAUCAUGAAAACACACAUUUACACUGAUACCCACACACUAACACAGAUGCUAAAAAAAGAUUCUGUUUGUUAUGUUGCCUUAGAAGUUUUUCCACAUGUUUUGGGACUUGGAUGUUCACCCAACAUCAAGCACACACAGACCUUGAGCUAUACUGUACAUUUGAUCACUUGCAGUCUCUCGCUCAGAUU